AUGGCUGAACCUAGUGAUUCCAGAGAUCAUAAUUUUUCACUAGUCAUCAUCUUAAUUUUUACGAUCAUAAUAACCGAGUGCACCGUUGGUAUCGCUGUGAAUGGGUUCAUCGUGGCUGUAAAUGCAGCUUCGUGGCUCCAGAAAAAGGCAGUUUCCACAAGCGGUCGGAUCCUGCUUUUCCUGAGUGUAUCCAGAACUGGCCUCCAAAUCUUCAUGUUGCUAGAAGUUAUAUUGGUUGCCGUAUUACAAGAUUAUUAUUAUAAGACUGUUUUAAAUAGGAUAUUCAAAGUAAGUUCCAUCUUCUUAAAUUAUUGUAGCCUCUGGAUUGCUGCCUGGCUCAGUUUCUUCUACUUUGUGAAGAUUGUAAAUUCCCCCUAUCCCGUUUUCCUCAAGCUGAAGUGGCGAAUUUCUAGGUCCAUGCCCUGGCUUCUGUGGUCCUCAGUAUUCAUCUCCUUCAGCUCCAGCAUGCUCUACUGGAAGAACAACUACAGUGUGCACAGUGAUAUGCUAGCUAUCCACCUUUUAAACUUCACAAAAGAAACACACUUGAUUAAGACCAAUAUGCUCAGCGUCACUUUUUCAUCCUUGCUGGGAAUCUUCACGCCUCUAAUCAUAUUCAUCACGGCAGCUGCUCUGCUCAUCUUCUCUCUCAAGAGACACACCCUGCACAUGAGAAGCAGCGGGACUGGCUCCCAAGAUCCCAGCAUGGAAGCUCACAUGAGGGCCAUCAAAGAAACCAGCUAUUUUCUCAUUCUCUACAUUCUCAAUGCAGUCGCCCUCUUGCUGUCUAUGUCCAAUAUCUCUAAAACUGAUUUUUUCUGGACUAUUUUCUUCAGGAUCAUCAUAGCUGCCUACCCAGCUGGCCACUCAAUUUUACUGGUUCAUAACAACCCUGGAUUGAGAAGAGCAUGGAAGCAGCUUCAGUCUCAAAUUCAUCUAAAUGCGAAAGGAUUCUGA